ACUAAGCAAAGCACACGACGAGCCUCGAUCUCGAUUGUUUUGAUCAAUUUUGACAGUACUGAUUUUUUCUCAAUAAAUGUACAAUGAAAUUAGUUAUAUACGAAAUUUAAAUAAUUAGUGAAUUAAUUUCUUAGAACAGAACAGUAUUAUGACUGAUUACGGAGAGUAUGGAUAUACUUUCAGUGCAAGACGAGGUCGCCAUGGAGGCAGUUCUCAGCGCGGACAUCACAAUAGAGGAGGAAGAAAUUAUGAAGUGUCAGCAGAACAAAGUAGUUUCGAUGGUCCCUCAAGAGGAAGAGGAAGGGGCGGAAGUCAUCCCCCUCAUUUGAAAGGAAAAGCAAUUGGUCUUUAUUAUAGAGAUCAAAACAAAAAAAAAGCAGCAAAUCUACGAAAAAAAGAGGAAGAAUUUUGUGGCAUGAAAUUAGAUCCUGAGAUUCACGAAACCGUGGAACGAAUGCUCGAGAAAACCAAGCCGCAGUGCGCACCACAAUUAGAAAAUAAUGAAACUUUUGAUGCAGAUGAUAGUAUAGGAGCUAAAUAUACUCAUAUCGGAGACUCGCAAUUCAAAAGGAAAUUCAUAGAAAUUAUUUCUGGCAACAUACAACAAAAUCUUUCCAAAGCUCUUCUAGUCGAAUCGAAACUCAAUCGGAAUCCACGCAUGGAUGAGAAACUUAUGGAUGAACACAGAGAGAGGAAGAAUUCCAAAAGCUAUGAAAAUAUGUUGCAGUUUAGAAAUAAAUUGCCUGCGUUCAAUAUGAGACACGCCAUUCUUGAUUUGGUUGCUGAAAAUCAAGUUGUUGUCAUCAGUGGAGAGACUGGUUGUGGAAAAACAACCCAAGUUGCACAAUUUAUUCUCGAUGAUGCCAUAGAAAGAGGCAAUGGUAGCAUUACCAAAAUCGUAUGUACUCAGCCUCGAAGAAUAUCUGCAGUAUCAGUUGCAGAAAGAGUUGCUGCAGAGAGAACAGAGCCACUUGGAAAAUCUGUUGGUUAUCAGAUUCGGCUUGAAAAAAUUCCCACACGAGAUUGUGGAAGCAUACUUUUUUGUACGACGGGACUUUUGCUCCAAUAUAUGCAAUCUGAUCCUGCGUUGCGUGAUUUUUCUCAUGUUAUCUUGGAUGAAAUCCACGAAAGAAAUACUGAGAGUGAUUUUAUUAUUACGCUCCUAAAACAAAUCAUUCCCAAGCGACCAGAUCUCAAGGUGUUAUUGAUGAGUGCGACACUCAAUUCUGACAGAUUUUCGUCAUAUUACAACACUUGUCCAAACAUUCAUAUUCCUGGAUUCACGUAUCCCGUCAAGGAUUAUUUCCUUGAAGACGUUCUCGAAGUGACUCGUUUCAAAUUUCCGAUGCUGGAACAAAAACUGUCGAAAAAAAUGAAAAAUCUUCAAGGUCAAGUUAAUGAAUUCGACAGUUUCAUACGACCAGCAAUUCGGGCGUUAGAAAUGGAGAAAAAAUAUCCAAGAUAUGUUACCGAUGAACUCAGAAAUCCGAACAGCGAAAACCUCUCACUCGAGCUUGUGCAAGCUUUACUUGAGUUUAUUUGUAUGGAAAAAGAUCCUGGAGCUAUUCUAGUUUUUCUUCCAGGGAUGUUGGACAUUACGAAGUUGACCCAAUUGCUACUAGAAAGCGGAAACUUUCCACAGCAUAGAUGCGUGAUAUAUCCUCUGCAUUCGCGAAUGCCAACAGUUGAACAAAAACUCAUAUUCAAGCCACCGCCCGAUGGAAUACGUAAAAUAAUUAUCGCCACGUCUAUCGCUGAAACCUCGAUCACGAUCGAGGAUGUUGUUUAUGUGAUCGAUUGCGGUCGCACGAAAUUGACGAGAUUCGACAUCACAAAAAAUAUCGAAACUCUCGAGCCAGAGUGGAUAUCAUUGGCUAAUGCGAAGCAGAGACGAGGACGAGCUGGCAGAGUUCAGCCCGGCGAAUGUUACCAUCUGUUUUCAAAAGCGAGGGAACGCACGUUCCAGCAGUAUCCAUCGCCCGAGAUGUUGAGAACGCCACUGGAGCAAGUAAUUCUGCAAACCAAAAUACUGCAGUUGGGAAAGGUCGAAGCAUUUUUAUCGCAAGUUAUGGAUCCACCUGAGCCACGAGCGAUUGAAUUGUCUCUUGAUUUACUCAGAACUUUGAACGCUCUUGACGCCAACGAGAAUUUGACGCCGUUGGGUUAUCAUUUAGCGAAAUUACCGCUUGAUCCAAGAACAGGAAAAAUGAUAAUUUGGGCAUCGCUAUUCUCUUGCGUCGAUCCGGUGUUUUCGAUUGCAGCGAGUCUCACAUUCAAAGAUGCUUUUUAUUGUCCAUUCGGCAAAGAGGACGAAGCGAAUAAAAAAAAACUGGAGCUCGGUUUGGGCCAUCACAGCGAUCACAUCGCCUUGGCUCAGGCUCUGAAAAGAUUCGAGUCGUCUUACGCGAGUGGACAAUCCCGAAGAUUUUGUUACGAGUAUUUUUUGUCUUGGAAUACUCUCAAGCUUUUAUCUGACAUGAAACGUCAAUUUGCACGUCACCUCUACGAGAUGAAAUUUUUAGACAGCGAAAAUCCGGCCGAUAGUUAUAGCAAUCGUAAUUCCAAAAACUUGGCGAUGAUUAAAGCAAUCGUUUGUGCUGGAUUAUACCCAAACAUCGCAACCAUUACAAACUUCAAUGGCGGAAGAGGACAUCCAAAAAUCAAAACAGCUACUGAUGGCACCGUAAAAAUUCAUCCAGGCAGCAUAAACGCAAGAGCACCUUUGAUGCCGACGCCCUAUCUCACGUACUUUUUGAAGCAACGAUCGACAGCUAUUUAUCUUCACGAUACGACGAGUGUCAGUUGGGUUGCAUUGCUGUUUGCAGCACCAAAAUGCACGAUAGAAACUCGAGAAAAAUAUUGCCAAAUCGUACUGAAUAACUCCAUCUCCAUUCGAUGUGAAACCAAAACCGCUGGUCUAAUACAGAGGCUUCGACAGGAAAUGGAAAUGUUACUAGAGUACAAAAUAUCACACCCGGGCACUGUCAAGUGGGAUUCUUCCGAAGGACAAUUGAUCAAAGCCAUCACGGAAAUAGUAUCUCAAGGCUAUCCAGAAAUGGAUCGUGUAAUGUAUCGAUCCGGUCCUACGUUUGAUUGCCUGCACAGCGACAGCGAUUGAUAAUUGCUCGUAUGGUGUACACGUAAAACUUUUUCACUUCAGUACGUAUACAUUAAUUGAUUGUUGGAGGAAACGAACUCGGAUCGAUGAUAUGUUUUGACCGCGUUACGUAUUAAGUUUCUUGCCUCUCUGGCUCGACAAAUAUACUAAACAGUAAUUGUUCAAA